UAAAAUGCCAUCUGGUUAAUUGUCAUUACACAAUUUUUUUUUGUGAAAAAAGUAAAAUAAACUGAAGUUUAAGUUUUACCAUCGCUUAUAAAUGAUGAGUAAUUUAAUAAACAUUAGCAAACAGACUAGCCGAUUGUGCCAAUCGCCAUUGAAGCAAGCUGCAACAAAUAUAUUGCAAAGCAAUUGCGCUGCGCUCUCCACAACCGCAAAUGUCGGCGCCGAGUCCAAGGAGCCUAAACAAAAAAGCGAACGCGUAGUUGAAUUCGAGAAAAAGUUGCGUGCAAAGACACCACUUGGAAAAUUAGAUGAAUUCUCGAAACAUCCUUUCCAAGAAAAAGAACCGCUGAAGCCAUGGCCUAAUGCAACCAAUCCACAUACGGGUGAAAUUGGUGGACCUGCUGGACCAGAGCCAACGCGCUAUGGUGAUUGGGAGCGUAAAGGCCGCGUCACAGACUUUUAAAGUAGAAUUUGCUGCUUGAUUUGCUGCAGGUCUUCAGAAAACUACUUUUCCUUUCAAUAAAGCUACAUUUAUCCUGAUACUGCAAGAGGGUAAUAACAUAAGCUUUCUCUUCGUAUAUCUCAGUCUAAAAACGCUUAGCUUCAUUGUUUUUCUCGUUGCAUGAAUGCGUGUAGGUAAUCGACUGAUAUUAGAACGUCGUAAGUAAUACUCGUAUUCAGUUUUAUUUACUGACUCAUAGGUAUUUAAUAAAGGCGGUGCGUUCAGUUUUCGCAGCUAUA